GGACAAAGGGCAAGACUGCUAUUUCAAGAUGACGGCCCUUUUCAACCUCCAAUCACUAGUUUUGGUGAUUCUCUUGUUGAUCUGUACAAGCACAUAUGCCCACUCGAUCAUGCCGGGAAUCAUGGAUCGCAACCAGAGCGGGGUGUUUGGUAUCUUCUGGAAAUGCGCGCGUAUUGGAGAACGACUCAGUCCCUAUGUCAGCAUAUGCUGUUUUGCGAUGGCUGUCUCGAUCUUUGUCGGUGGUUG